AUGGCCGACGCCUUCAAAUUCCUCCAGCGGGUGCGUGAGAAGAUAGGGGCGGAGAAUGAGGAGAAGUACAACGAGUUCUUGGACGUGCUCCGGGGCUACGAGGAGAAGGAGAUCGUCCCGGCGGAGGCGACGCGGCGGGUAGAGGCGUUACUGGGCGGGGACACGGAGCUGUGGGAGGAAUUCAAGGGAUUUCUCCCGGACGUGGGGAGGCGCGAGGAGGAGGACGAGGACGAGGACGAGGAGGAUGACGAGGGGCAAGAGGAGGAGGAGGAGGAGGAGGGGAGGGAGGAGGUGGAGUCGUUGCUGGUGAAGGAAGAGGCGGGGCCAGUGGACGGGGAGGGCCGAAGCAGCAACCACACGGGCCUCGGACAGGACAAGGCCUCGAGCCCCGUGCAAGGCAACCUCCUGAAGGGAGGAGGGAGCGACGAGGGCGGGAAGGAGGGCGGGCAGGAGGGCGGGCAGGAGGGCGGGAAGGAAUGCCUGUCUAGGGCGGACGCAAGUCCAUCGGGCUUGUAG